AUGAAGCUUUUGGUGUUUCCAGUAUUAGCAUGGAGUUUCGCUCUUCUAGCUUCUUCCUUGGCUUCAGCUGCCGUUGUAGAACACACCUUCAAUAUUGAAAACAAGAUUGUAAAACGGAUGUGCCAUGAACAAGUGAUAGUGGCAGCCAAUGGACUAUAUCCUGGACCCACAAUACACGUCACUGAAGGUGACACUGUCAUCAUCCAUGUUCUCAAUAACUCACCCUACAAUAUUACUCUCCAUUGGCAUGGAAUAUAUCAGCUCUUUACUUCUUGGGCAGACGGUGUUGAAUAUGUAACUCAAUGUGGAAUUCAUCCGGGACAUAAAUUCACUUAUAAAUAUAAAGUCAUAGGACAAGAAGGAACUUUAUUUUGGCAUGCUCACUCAUUUGCCUUACGUGCUACCCUUCAUGGUGCUUUCAUCAUUCACCCUCGCAAUGGUCGAUACCCAUUUCCAAAACCCUACCACCAGGUUCCAAUAAUACUAGGUGACUGGUAUGACACUAAUUUUUUGGAUGCUUUGGAAGGUGCACUCGUAAGUGGAGGUGUUGCGGUAUCUAAUGCCUACACCAUAAAUGGCUUCCCUGGCGAUCUCUUUAAUUGUUCUCAAAAUGAGACGUUCAAGAUGAAGGUGAAGCAUGGAAAGACCUACCUCUUAAGAAUUAUCAACGCUGCACUGAAUAACAAUCUGUUCUUCAAGAUAGCCGAUCACAAACUCACCGUGGUUGCCGCCGAUGCUUCAUACACCAAACCAUACGUUACAGACAUAAUUAUCCUUGCAGCUGGUCAAACCCUUGACGUUCUAUUCAAAGCAGACCAACCAACAGGAUCAUACUACAUGGCAGCAUCUCCGUAUGGCGUUGGCAUGCCACCUCCACUCUUUGAUAGAACGAUGACCCGUGGCAUCGUCGUCUAUGACGGAAACAAUACUCGAGCGUCACCACCGGUCAUGCCAUUACUGCCUCCAUUCUUUGACACGCCAACAAGUUUCAAAUUGUUUAGUAACUUAUCGAGUCUCGUUGGGGGCCCACAUCGGGUCCCUGUCCCACUCAACGUUGAUGAACAAAUGUUCAUCACCGUUGGGAUUGGACUUGAGAAGUGCCCUGUGAAUGCCAAGUGUGUUGGCCCACUCAACCAAAAAUUCUCAGCAAACAUGAACAAUGAGUCUUUUAUGCUCCCUAAAGGGAAAGGUAAUUCUAUGUUGGAAGCUUCCUAUUACAAUGUAAGUGGUGUGUACACUACUGAUUUCCCUGAUAAUCCUCCUAUGGUGUUUGACUACACAAACACUAACCUCACUUUCAACAUGAGCCUGGUAUAUUCGCCAAAAUCAACCAAGGUGAAGAAGUUCAAGUUCAAUUCCACGGUGGAGAUUGUGUUUCAAAACACAGGGGUUUUGAAAGCGCAAAGCCAUCCGAUCCAUGUCCAUGGUCAUAGUUUCCAUGUUUUGGCUCAAGGGUUUGGGAACUACGAUGCCGAUAGAGAUAAGGCAAAGUUUAAUUUGGUGAAUCCUCAGUUCCGGAAUACAGUUGCAGUGCCUGCAGGAGGAUGGGCUGUUAUAAGAUUCCAAGCAAACAAUCCAGGGGUAUGGUUUGUGCACUGCCAUGUGGAUGAUCAUCAAGUAUGGGGACUAGGCACUGCUUUUGUGGUUGAGAAUGGACCAACUCCUGAAACUUCACUUCCUCCUCCACCGGCAGAUUUGCCUAAAUGUUAGCUGCGUCUCACUAUGCAGUAGUUCAUACUAAAAACUAAAAGCGGAUGCUACUCAAACAUGAACGAAUUAUUCAGCUAUUUAGGAGUUUCAAAGAGACAACUACUGUUCUAAUUAGAUAUUACUGUAUUACUUUAUCAGAUGAUUAGGUAUCACUUCGGGAAUAUUAGCUCUAGUUCAAAUAGUUUGUUUGAACAGCUGCUUUUUUAAGCAAGCACUGUAAGUGUAUUAUUUAAUAAUACCAAGUUAGAGGAUUUUAAAUUUUAUCAUCAUGUGUUCAAUACAGUUAUUGGAAGCUUGGUAAUCUUACCUUUUUUAAAUAGUAACCAUUCAAGUUUUUUUAAUCCUUAAAAAUUGUUCUAAAGAUAUGUAUUAACUAAAAUGUUCUUCAAUCAUUGAUUUAACAAGCAAUUUAUGUGAAGAUGUAUAAGAUUAAAAUAAUUUAAACAGUAUGUCCUGA